CAGCCGGAAGCCUUGUGUAUCUCUCCCCCCUCCGACCAGGGCGCAGCCAAUCAGCGGUGGGGAUUCCUCUGUGUGGGCGUGACCACUGUUCCCAGCUCGAGGCUUUCUUGUUACCGGCAUUCCGCCCAGACGAGCGGCAGUCAGAGAGCGCGGAGUCGCCAGCUUGAGCCCCAGCUCCCCUCACACCGAGAGCCAGCCACACCUCGCCGUCACCGGUCCUCGUCACACACUCAGGCGGCCAGCUCUGCGAGGCCCCGACGCUCCCAUCAUGGCUGACAACGAUAAGCUGGACAACCAGCGGCUGAAGAAUUUCAAGAACAAAGGCCGCGAUUUAGAGAGCAUGAGAAGACAGAGGAAUGAAGUUGUUGUGGAACUAAGAAAGAACAAACGAGAUGAACAUUUGUUAAAAAGAAGAAAUGUCCCCAAUGAAGAUGUCUGUGAAGAUUCUGAUGCAGAUGCAGAUCUCAAAGUGCAAAACACAUCAUUGGAAGCUAUUGUACAGAACGCGUCUAGUGACCACCAAGGUAUCCAGCUCAGUGCUGUCCAGGCUGCAAGAAAACUCUUGUCCAGUGAUCGGAAUCCUCCAAUCGAUGAUUUGAUAAAAUCGGGCAUUUUGCCAAUCUUGGUUCAUUGUCUGGAAAGAGAUGACAAUCCAUCUCUCCAAUUUGAAGCUGCUUGGGCCUUGACUAAUAUUGCUUCAGGAACAUCUGAACAAACACAAGCUGUGGUCCAGUCACAUGCUGUUCCACUGUUCUUAAGAUUGUUACAUUCUCCUCACCAGAAUGUUUGUGAGCAGGCUGUGUGGGCGCUGGGAAACAUAAUUGGUGAUGGACCUCAGUGCAGGGAUUAUGUAAUCAGCCUCGGGGUUGUGAAGCCACUGCUGUCAUUCAUCAAUCCCUCCAUUCCCAUUACUUUCUUGAGAAAUGUCACUUGGGUGAUGGUUAAUCUGUGUCGCCAUAAAGAUCCUCCGCCACCUAUGGAGACCAUACAAGAGAUUCUUCCAGCGCUUUGUGUCCUUAUUCACCAUACAGAUGUAAAUAUAUUGGUGGACACAGUGUGGGCCCUUUCCUAUUUAACAGAUGCUGGUAAUGAACAAAUUCAAAUGGUAAUAGACUCUGGGAUUGUGACAAAUUUGGUCCCUCUUCUAAGCAACCCAGAAGUGAAAGUUCAGACUGCAGCUUUAAGAGCUGUAGGGAAUAUUGUCACCGGGACAGAUGAGCAGACACAAGUUGUACUGAAUUGCGAUGCGCUCUCUCACUUUCCAGCAUUGCUUACUCAUGUCAAGGAAAAGAUCAAUAAGGAGGCAGUAUGGUUUUUGUCUAACAUCACAGCUGGCAACCAGCAGCAAGUUCAGGCCGUUAUCGAUGGUAACCUUGUACCAAUGAUCAUACAUCUUUUGGAUAAGGGUGAUUUUGGGACACAGAAAGAAGCUGCAUGGGCAAUAAGCAAUUUAACAAUUAGCGGAAGGAAAGACCAAGUUGCGUAUCUUAUCCAACAAAAUGUGAUUCCUCCAUUCUGCAAUCUUUUGACUGUAAAAGAUGCACAAGUCAUACAAGUAGUGUUGGAUGGUUUAAGCAACAUUUUAAAAAUGGCCGAUGACGAAGCGGAGACCAUAGCCAAUCUGAUUGAGGAGUGUGGAGGCCUGGAAAAAAUUGAACAGCUGCAAAGCCACGAGAAUGAAGAUAUCUACAAACUGGCUUUUGAAAUAAUUGACCAGUUUUUCUCAUCAGAUGAUAUUGAUGAAGAUUCUAGCCUUGUUCCUGAGACAAUACAAGGUGGAACAUUCAAUUUCAAUUCAUCUGCCAAUGUACCAGCAGAAGGGUUCCAGUUUUAGGAAGACUGGUUGGAAGUUAGGUACAGUGCAGCACUGAAAACUGGUUUGAUCCAUCAAGCUUGGCUCAUGGGAUCUGCUGCUGCAUUAAAUCGGAGACAGAAAUGUGCGGACUUCAUUUGGAUGACAGUACAUACCGAAUGAUGUCAAGAUGGCGAGUGGGUGCGAGUGAGAAUGAGUGGCAAAUGUAAUGAAAACUUCACACCGAAUGCUUAUAUAGGGUUGUGCAGCGUAAAAAGGGCUACAGGUCAAAGAUCUUCAGUGCCUGAGAGGGAUCCAUUGAUCUAACUGAGAAAAUGAGGAAAAUGCACUACUAUCAUCAUCAAGCCUUGUAAGCAUUAAAGAAACACAUGGGUAGGAUGCCCACAUAAGUCCAAGGAGAAAAAGCCCAGGCCUUGCUAAGAAGCUCCGUAUGAAUGGACAGCAUUGAAUGAAUGUCUGGACACAGUGUUGUGGAGCCAGGCUCAUUUUACAAAUGUGAGGCAAUUCACUCAUGAAGCAGACUCCCAGUCCAGGAGUGGCGUGUGUACGAGAGUAUGGGUGUGGUGCUGUAUGUGGACGCAUGCAAGCUUGAAUCGCCUUCAGGGGGUUGAUACUAAACCUAGAAAAUCACAAUAAGUUCAAAAGUGUUACCUUACACUGGACAUGAAAACAAAGACCGGUAUAGCAGCAGAUUUUGAUUUACUCCUGCAGCCUGUGUGCUUUCUUUUACUUUUUUUUUUUUUGGGUUAUUUUAGUUUCCAACUAACUUGUAUGGCUUGUAUAUUUUUUUUAAGUUGCUUAUAAAAUGAGGAAAAUUGAAGGCAACCCUGUUCAUUUGCACCAGAUGAAUGUUUGAUGUUAUGCAAACUGUUCCAUAUCAUCAAAGCUGAUUUCGUGUACAAAAAAAAAUCUGCAUGAAAACCAGAUUGUCCCAAACUUUUUUUCCCCCAUCCCACCCUUCCCCCAAAUACAGAAGUUGCCAUACAUAAAAAGGUAGAGAUGUUUAUGUGGUUAAAAAAAUAAAAAGCAAUCCUUUCAUUUUCAAAGAUAACAUAAAUAUAGUAGCAUGUGGCAAUGGACAGCAUAGUUUAUUUUUUAGAUACAUUAUGUUGAGUCUUGUACAGAUGUUUAAGUUGUGGUAGAAGCUGUGCUGUGUUUCAAUCCUAUUUGUUUUCGAUCAUUUGUUUUCUAUGAAAAUGAUAUGGACACUUCUAAAAUGAUAUUUGGUGCAUAUGUACUGCUACGUUCAGAUUAUUAGGAGGUGUGGUGUACAAAUUGCUUCAUGGUUUCAACACCCUUAAUAUGCCUAGGCAGUUUCAUUGUUUUAGACUUUUUAUCUUUAGAUGUAGGCAGCCAUGAACAAUCUAUUUUGAGCCACUUUAGGGAGAACUUUGUAUCUUUUUAGAACUUGCAUUGACUACAUGCAAGUGACUCUUAAUUGGAAGACUGCCUCUUUACGAGGUAAUGCACACUAAAUUUAAAAGCAACAUGAAGGAAUUUGUAUAAAUAUCAGAACUCUUUUAUAAGGUGGCUCAUUGUAGGAAAUGCUGUGCCUUCCCCAUUCAGCACAGUGUUGCAUGAACAGCAAGUUGCUAUGAUAAUACAUAAAGUUAGCCACCAUUAGCAUCAAUAUCUAUCUUUUGUGUUUAAAGUUAACUGGUUAAUUCUAAAACACUGUAGAAUGGAUACAAUUAUUUUGUGAUUUAUAACUUUGUUGGAUUAGAGUAUUUUUGCAGCAUUCCUUGUCAUCUGAAACAUGGUUACAGUUUAAAACUAGAAACAAAAGAAAACUAGCUUGUAAAUUUAAUGUAGAAAGCAAGCUAGGCUGUCAUGGGGAAAUAAAGAGUAAUCCUUAAGACACCAUUUUUGAAUGCUUUUGGUCUUCUUCUUUUUUUUUCUUUUUCUUUUGUUUUUGUAUUUUUUUUUUUGUCUCCCAAGACUAAAUUAUGUCCUGCGAACAUUGUACAAAACCUUUUUUGAAGAGGCUACAAAUGAAUUUCAGGUAAAUUUUUACACAUUAGAGCAACACUUCAUCAGGCGCAAAUCCUCUUAUUUGCUGAUGUCUAGCCAAAUGUUGACUUAAUGAAACCCAGAAUGUGGCUGCUGUAUAGUUUGCCUCAUUUUAUACCCUAGUAUUUUCCAGUAAUUGGUCCCCAUUGUCAGGUUUGGCAAUGUGUUCAUUGUAUGCUAAUUACUCCUCAAAAGAUAAUUUCGUGUUCAUCCCCCAAAGCCCAGAGGAUGUGCUCCUACACAGUUAUUAUGAUGUGUUGCACCCUAAAGGCUGAGUCCUAUAACAUGCUUGUAGUGUACGCUAUAGGUGUAAUAUCUCUCGAGGCAGUAAUGGUAGGCUUUGUUGGUGUAAGAUUAAUGGGGCUUGUAACAGUAUUCCCCUAUUGAGAGGGGUUGUAGUUAUGUGACCGGCGGUCAGGAACACGCCUAUCACAAUACCGGCACCUACAUCCUGAACCCGCACUAUCCCUACGGUCGGCAUGCCAAUCAACAGGGACUAUUCCCACUCGUGGGUGUCCACGACACUUACCGAGUGGGAAUAGAACCUGUAGGGAACCACAGAGCUCAUUAUCGCACACAUUGUCUAGUGUGCAUGGUGCUUUACAAGAGGACUGGAAAUUAGUGUUUUGCCUAUUUGUUUAUCUUGAUUGACACUAUGGCAUAAAUAUGUCAGAAAACUACAUGAGCGGAGCCCUAGGUAUUUAGGUGUUCUUUAAUGGAGUAAUUGGCAUGCACUGCCAGAGAAACUGACAUAUUUAAAUAGGAUUCAAAUCAUUAAACAUUCUGAUAAGCUGUGGUAUGUACUGUGCAGCUGCAGCUCCGGGUUUGACUCUGGGAGGUAUUCAGUUGACAAUUUCCAUGUGGCCAAUGCAUGUUAGCUCCUGUGUUACGUGCCUGGAGUUAUGGAAUUAGCUUGCACAGUUAGCGUCAGAGGGUGCACUUAAUGUUUAUUAUCCUUGCGGCGCUUGAGGCUUACUGUGCUGGGUAGUGUUAGUAAUUCAAUAGUUGAGCGCAGUGCUGCAGCUAUGCGGUAAAUUCCACAACUAAUUUAAUCUGGUCCUUAUUGUAUCUGUGGCAUACACACUUUAAAUAACCACUAUGGUUAUUUGAAGCGCAAUUCAUCUUGGUGAUGUCCGUAAUAGGUAAGUUGUGGUCAUUGGCUUAGCCCACGAUGACUGCCUUCACUUAUCUGUUGGUAAUGUACAGCUGGGUUUUGUGACAAGUCAUUUGUAUUUGCAAGUUGUACAUUACCACACUUUCAGGUCUCUGCAAAUUGAUUUGGCUAAAGCCUGUGACAAAAAUAUGCAGACUGCUGCAGAUUUCAAAUUAAUGGCAUCACAAAUAAACAUUACAGGUGUUUUACAUUUA